AUGACUUCAGGGGCAGCGACCGCGCUCGUAUCUGAACUUCGUGAUGCGCAGCACCUGCCGCUGUACCGUCGUGAUCUACUGCAACGAGUCGUUGAUGAGAUUCUAGAAGAGUACGCACAGCUUGAGAAAGGCAUAGAGGCAUGGCGAAGCGGCUCUAGUCAGCAGGGGUCACGAGUUGAGGACCGUGCCCUACAGGGGAGUCUGCUCGUUCGUCGGGCCCGCCUUUUGCGAAACAAACGCUGCGUGCUAGCGUACCUGGUAAAUCGUCUUCGGAGAGUCGAGCAGGCUUGCUGGAAUCGGGAUCCGACGAUAUAUUCGGGGCCGAGCGAGGACAAAGGCACCACGGGGCGAGCGACGGCGUUGCUGUCGGAGGCCGAACGCACCUACGCCAGUCGUUACGAGGCGCUGCUCGCUGCAUACGGAAGUGCGGUAGGUCUGGACCUGCGCUCGGCUCUGUUGGUGCCCCCGAAGGAGGAGUUCAUUGAGGUUCGCGUGCUCGAGGACUGUGGUGAUUUCUUCAUGGCUAGCAGCGGACAAAGCGCCCAUUUGGCCAAGGGUACCGUACAUUUCGUGAGGCGCGCCGACGUCGAACUCCUAAUCCAGCAGGGCAAACUGGAACACCUUACUCCAAAGUGCUAG